GCCUUCACACUGGCACGUGCACUCGUUCGUGCAGUUUGUCUCGUCUGUGUAGAGUUGUUUCUGUUAGUGGGCGUGGCUACUGGAUUAAUUAUUAUAUACAUUGCCUGUUUUAUUUUCACUUUAUUACCGGUCCCCGUGAUCGCUGCUGCUUGGUCUCCAUGCCUUAUUUUUCUUUGUAACGUCUCUGUGUGUUUAAUGAGAGCUUGUAAAUGACAGAGUGAGAUGUCCUGGGAAGCUUCUCUUAGAAUAUGGUAGGAACUAAAGAAAAUUAGCACCACGACUGACUGAUGAUUCUGUAGCUAAAAGUCAUGGCCGACAGUGAGUGGCAUGUUGUGUCUCGGUGGUGUGAACACACGGUGAGGACACAACACACAGUGGUGAUUAUAAAACCUAAGGAUCAGAUGAUCAGGGGGCGUUUUAAUAGUUACCAUGUUGUGUGUUCCCUAAAAGGAGUCAGAAAACUGGACACACCCCAUACUUUGUUCUUAUGAGUUUGUGAUGUAGACAUGGGGGGGGGGGGGGUGUAAAGGAGUGAGUGAGUGAGAGAAAGUUAAGAAAAGGAGAAGGGAGUGUACAAAGUGUGUGUGUAAAAGAGAGACAGGGAGUGAGAGAGAAUGUGUUAAGAAAAGGGGAAAGGGAGUGUACAAAGUGUGUGCGUGCGCGUGCUUAACCGGAGCAAAGGAGUGAGGAGCGCGCGCACCUCUUAUUAAAAAGAAAGGUCCCGGAUCAAAGACGUCAAAAAAAAAAAAAAAAAAGAUCGCGUGUCAGACGAAGUAGUGAUCGCUCUUACAUCCAUCAUCAUCGUGAUCUUCAUCCUCAAGCUCAUCGAUGAAACACUACAAUAGGAAGAAGCAGACGCAGAAGACCGAGAGAGAGGCUGGUGUGGAGCCGCGGGGUCACCGGAUGCACGAGACAUUCCGCCACAUGACCGACGGAGGCUUUUGUUCUGCGUUACCGACGCGGAGAGAAGCUGUGCGUGCGCCACAGGGAGCACAUUACACUUCCACGGAGCAAGUCUGGACACGUGCAUCCCAGUAUCUCCAGAACAAGGCAGCGAUGACUUUAGUUUUGUCCAUGAACCCUUUCUGUGACCAUGAAUCUGAGCCUCCGCCCACAAUUUACCAGCCAAUCUGGGAGUCUGAACACAGUGGCCCCGCCCACUCGUCAUCUGUUUGUAACGCCCAGGAGCUUAAUGAUGGCCCCGCCUACAGAGGAGCCGCGCAUCAUGUGACCAUGUCGCGAAUCACCUACUUUAAAAGGAAGUACGUGGAAGACGACAACCUUCCACUGAACUUCAGGAGUUAUCGUCACACUGUGUCCCCGUUGUUAGAGGAACACAAUCACGUCCUUCACCUCUCUCUGGACAAAAUGCGCUUCAUCGACGACCCUGAGGUGUUCCUGCGCCGCUCCGUUCUCAUAAACAACCUCCUGCGCCGCCUCAGAGCCGAGAUCCUCCUCCAGGGGGCGUGGCCUUUCGUGGCAGGUUCCGUCCCGGUUUCCUUGACGACGCCCGUCUCCGCUCACCACGAUCUUAGCCGUAAGAGGCUGAGAUUUCUGCAGGAGGAGGAAGACGAGUGCGUCUCCGCGUGUUGUUGCUUCUACGAAGCGAGCAGGUACAUGCAGCUUCCCGUGUGUGUGUAUGAGAGAGAUGUUCAGCCUUCAUCAUCGUCAUCACCAUCGUCAGCCAUAACGGAGAGACUGGAGCAUCUUUUUGAGGAGGAGGCAGAGGAGGAGGAGGAGGAAGAGGAGCUAGAGAGCGAAGGAGAAGAGGAGCUCGACUCGCUGUGUCCCGGUUUGGACCUGUGUGAAGCGUCGCUCAAGGCGAGAGAGAAACUCGGCGAGAGAGAGACACCGAAGGAGAGACGAUAGUCUCCGUGGGAACGGGACAACAGGCGGUGCUAGUUUUGGCUCAGCUCAGGAGGAAGUAGCGAAGCGGGGAUUUAUACGGUACGAGUUAACCACAUGAUGGCUGAGUAAAGCGUUUAAAGGUGAGCUAGCGGCGAUUAGUCCAGAGGCAGCGAGUGUCGGGAUCUCUGAGGCGAGGGAACAGAAUGACUGUGAGUGAGGAAGUGUGUUAAUGUUCAUACUCACAUGAUGAUUAACACCAAACAGACGUUAGUGAAGAGUCAACACACUCAACUCAUUACAGCAGAUUUACACUUGAGAGAGAGAGAGGCAGACACAGACAGACAGAGAGAGAGGGAGAGGCAGAGAGAGAGAGAGGCAGACACAGACAGACACAGACA